AUGGAAACUGCAGUGCUUGCUCCCGGGGUCUCCAUGACGAAGACAGGCGCCAGCACAACCGAAGUGGAGAGGGUAAAAAUCUUACGACCACAGCGUGUCUCCGGCACAUUCUCUUUGUACGGCCCCCUUUCAGUUGUGCAGUAUACGACUUCUUUCCAAAUAGGUGACAUUCCGGAAAUCUGGUUCGACGCAGUGAGCCGAGAGGCUACGGCGUUCCGAGGCAGUUGGCAGAUUCUGUUGAGCCGGUCAGACUCAGUUGACGAACUCAUGAAGGCGCUGGGAAUCAGCAUGCUGAAGCGACGAGUGAUGGCGACGUACAGCAGCAUCACAGACAUGGAGCUCAUCAAGAACGACGAGAAAUAUCCGGUGAUCAAGAUUACCACCCACCUUCCUUUGAACAAUGUGAAGCAGUCUGUCGUCGCUUUCGACAACACCUGGGCCGAGCAGACGGAUUCUGAUACCGGUACGUGGCGCACGUGGAGCGUCUGGAUCAACGGGAGGGCCAUCCAAAGGCGAGAGGGGCCCCUCGGCACCAUGUUCGACGUCAGGGUGAUUUUCCCUUCGGACCCUCUGUCUACUGACGGAAAGCCCAACGGUCAGGAAGCAUCUGGCCCUCUGAUGCUCUUCAAGUGGACAUUUAUCCCGACUGGGAAGCAGCCAAUCACCGCCAUGCGUUGGAUGAAGAAGUUGUAA